UUUUUUGUGAAUUAAGGGUGUAAUUUUCUUGAUAAUCUGUACUGAACUGAUUUUUUUUUUGGGGUUGGAGAGAAAAAGGAAAAGAGGGUAAUGGUGGUGGGGACGGCGGUGCUGAUUCUAAAGAGAUAGAUUGAUAUCUAAGUUUUAUUUUGGGAACAUUCUGAGAUUGGCUUUUUGUGAAUACAGAGUGUUGCUUUGGUGGCUGGCAAAGAUUAGGGACAAGUCAUCUUUUUCUUGGUCCUUUAACUUCAUUGGUGAGAGAAGACUAUUUGAGUAGAGGAAGAAGUUGUUUAAAUAAACAAUUAGAGAAAGGGCGGUGGUCUAAGUGGUGAGCAUGUGGCCUUUGGUUUUGAGAGUUUAAAUUUGCAUAUUUUGAGGUAUUGAGUCGGUUGGGUUGUAUAUCUUGGACUGGACUUUUGUGGUUGUUUGUAGUUGAGCUUACAGCAAGAACCAAUAAAGAAGCCAAAUCUCCUUUAAAUCUUGUCAACUCUGGAAGUAUAGGUACUUCCAGGUCCUUUCCUUGGCAUUGUCCUCUUAAUUACUGCAAGUUUAGAUUUGGGAUACUGUAGGUGAAUCCAUACUUCGAGAGCGUAAAGAUGAAGUUUAUGAAACUUGGAUCCAAGCCUGAUCAAUUUCAGACAAAAGGAGAUAAUAUCAGGGAAAACCUCCAUUUUCCAGUCCAGCUACUACAUAUUAAUUAUGUGCACUAUGGUAUGUAGCAACUGAAUUGGCAACAGAUAUGGUCAUCAAUGUUGGAGAUGUAAAAUUUUAUCUCCACAAGUUCCCCCUUCUGUCCAAGAGUUUUCGUUUACAGAAGUUGACAGCUAAUACAAAUGAGGAAAACAAUGAUGAAAUCAACAUUGACGAUAUACCUGGUGGACCUGCAGCUUUUGAAAUAUGCGCAAAGUUCUGUUAUGGUAUGACGGUAACUCUGAAUGCGUAUAAUGUGGUUGCGGCUCGCUGUGCCGCGGAAUACCUGGAAAUGUAUGAAACUGUCGAGAAAGGUAACAUUAUCUACAAGCUUGAGGUUUUUCUUAAAUCUAGUAUCUUCCGGAGCUGGAAAGAUUCAAUCAUUGUUCUCCAAACAACAAAAGCUUUUCUUCCCUGGUCUGAGGAAUUAAAGAUCGUUAGUCAUUGUCUGGACUCUGUUGCAUCUAAAGCUUACAUUGACACCUCAAAGGUGGACUGGUCGUAUACAUAUAACCGCAAAAAGCUCCCAUCAGAAAAUGGAAGUGAUCCGCUAUGGAAUGGUGUGCAAAAGCAGCAGUAUGUUCCACGAGACUGGUGGGUUGAGGACCUUUCUGAACUUCAUAUUGACUUGUAUAAACGGGUAAUAACAACAAUAAAAACAAAGGGAGGAAUGUCUCCAGAAGUAAUUGGUGAGGCAUUGAGAGCAUAUGCCUAUAGAAGGCUACCGGGAUUCAGCAAGGGUAAAAUCCCAGGAAGUGAUCCUGUUAAGUAUCAGUACUUGGUUGAUAUGAUUACUUCUCUGUUGCCCACAGAGAAACAUAGUGUUUCAUGUAGUUUCUUGAUCAGAUUGUUACAGACUUCUGUUUCUUUGGAAUGUGGAGAGACAGUACAAAGUGAACUGAAGAGGAGGAUUAGCCAGCAGCUUGAUGAGGCAUCGGUAGCUGACCUCCUCCUUCGGGCACCAGCUAAUGAAACUAUGACAUAUGAUGUUGACACAGUACAUGAACUUGUUCAGCAGUUCAUGCUGCAGAAAAGGAGCGGUCAGAGUGAUUUUCCUGAAGAUAAUGAAUUUCAGGAGAUAUACCCUGCAUUUGCAUCAGACUCUUCCAAAGUCAAGGUGGCAAGGGUGAUUGAUGGUUACCUUGCGGAAGUCUCUCGAGAUCCAAAUCUACCUUUGGCGAAAUUUGUCAAUCUUGCUGAAAUGGUGUCUGGCUUCCCUAGACCUUCCCAUGAUGGAAUUUACCGUGCUAUUGACAUGUAUCUCAAGGAACAUCCAGGAAUCACCAAGAGCGAAAGGAAAAGAAUUUGUAAACUUAUGGACUGCCGGAAGCUAUCAGCUGAGGCGUGCAUGCAUGCUGUGCAGAAUGAGCGCCUUCCGUUGAGAGUAGUUGUACAAGUUCUGUUCUUUGAGCAAGCCAGAGCAACAACAUCAUCUGGUGGUGGCAGCACCCCUGACCUAGCUGGAACAAUCAAGUCUUUGCUUCCAGGGGAAUCCCAUGGGAGCUCAAGAUCUGCCACAACAAACACAGACGAGGACUGGGAUGCCGUGCCUACUGCUGAGGAACUUAAAGCUUUGAAAGGGGAGCUUGCUACUCUAAGGUUGAGAGACAAAGAAUCUGGUUGCAAUGAUACUAAUUCAAUAGACAUAAAAAUGAGUGUUGAAAAAGUUAUUGGUGGCAAAGCAAAGGGCUUAAUCAUGUCCAAGAAGCUCUUUUCAAAGCUGUGGUCCAACAAAGAUAGAGUAAGCGAGAACAGCAGCUCUGAUACAUCAGAAAGCCCCGGUUCUUCCAAUGCUGGGGAAUCAAAGUCCACCCCAUCAAGAAGCUUGGAAGAAGCUAUGUCUGCCGCUAACCCUUGGAAGUAGUAGGGAGAAUUCCUCCUAUAAUUUUUGAGCAUUUUGAAGCAUGUAUUUGCAAGGUUAGAUCAGCUUGGGACUGAAUUGGAUCCUCUUAAGCUUUAAUAGUUUUUUCUGUUGUAUUCAAUUGUUUCCCAAGAGAAAUAUAAGCUACCACCUUUGUUUUAGGCUCUCUUUUAACAAGACUGAAACAGGCACAUUUAUGUAUCAAAAUGUGUGAACCAAAUUGUUUGGACUUGAA